AUGCCUGUGGUUUCUGCCCCGGCAAUCACCGGAGACGGCGGCUUUGUUCAGCUGGACACAGAGUCUGACCGAUUUAAACACGUUCCUGUGGGAGCGAAGAACCUCCAAGUACUGCCCGAGUCAUCAGAUACGAAGCACUUGGUGGAAUGUGGGACUUUUCAUGUAGCGCGUUGUCGUGUGGGAGAAUUCGGUUUACAAAUCCAACACGUCGUGGGACAAAUUUGGGCGGCGUUUGGUUGGGAUAAGUCCCGGUACGUAGCUGUGCAAUGUUAUCAUUGGGUGGAGUUAACGGCCCAGCUCAAGGGCCCUAGUGGACUUGCUGGUCUGUCGUUGGUCGGCAAAGCAUCAAUGUCCUGGUCUCCCAUCGUUCGGCUGGAUUACGGAGCAAUUGCUCCUCCCUGUCUCGGCCCUACAAUCCGAUUCGCUUGCUUGCAGGUUCCCGACCCCUGGGAGACGAGACAGCAAUCAUAA